UGAAUGUGGCACGUGCAGAUUCAGCGGUUCAUUACACAGCGCCCUCAACGUCGCUCUAUGUAGCAUGACGCGACCUUUAACCUCAUAAGUCAUAUCGUCUGCUUCUGCAUGCUGCUCGAACAACCACGCUGCAAAAUGAGCUGCGAAGUUUGUGAGCAAGUUCAACCCAAAUAUAAGUGCCCUGGAUGUAACGUAAAGACAUGCAGCCUGCAUUGCGUGAAGAAACACAAGACAGCUAGGGGCUGCAAUGGGGUCCGAGACAAGACCACUUACGUCUCCAUAAAGGGAUUCACUGAUCAGCAUUUACUCAGUGACUACCGAUUUCUGGAGGAUGUGGAUCGCAAAGCCUACAGUGCCAUCACAGACGACAUCGCCAAGCAAACACAGUACAAACCUAAAUACUACCAGUUGCGAAAAUUUUGCCAAACUCGCAAGACGUUUUUGAAACUCCUCCCGCCCUCGUUCAGCAGACACAAAGAAAACACCAGCUGGGUCAGCAAAAGAGAGAAAGUGAUCAACUGGCGAGUGCACUGGAAGUUCCCUCAGAGUGAUGCGGAAUAUAUCGACAAAAGUGUCUGUGAAGACCGAACAUUAUGUGACAUCCUGGCCACUCAUCUCGAUCCAGGCAAGGGGGAUCCUGUGCAACGACAAAGGUUGAAAAAAUAUUGUCGUCCAGGAGUUAACAAUCUCCGACUGUUUAUGAAGGAAGAAGGAAGACCGGUGAAUUCAUUAAGGUAUCACAGGCUUAACUUGGGCACCACGCUGCGCCAUAAUCUGAGCUGCAAGACGAUAAUCGAGUUCCCUGUCAUCUUUGUUGUCCUCAAAGAGUUUGCUGAUAGCUAUGAAAUGCCAGUGCAGGUUCAGAGUACGAGUCUGGUAGCACAGCAGGAAUCUUGUCCGCAACCCAGCAGUGAAUGCAUUCCAGAACAGGCAACUGAGGACACACCAGCCCACUGUAGCAAUGAAAGAGACGCCGCAAUAGACACAUCGGUGGAAUUGCAUAAUGGGAAGGUCACAGAGAUGACCCCUGACCCUGGAACAGAACAUUCUGAGGACUCCAAACCACCGACAGAAAGAGAGCCGGUCCCUCUCGAACAACAAGUCGAAUAGUGGAAAUCCUGAUGGUGUGUGUUACUCUGUCGCGCAUGUACUAUUAAUUGAUGGAUGUACCCUGGACCCACAUUCAUAGUUCUACUAAUCACUGAAUUCUACACUUCCUACGCUCACCAUUCUGUGCUUGUAAAGAAUUUUUGUACCUUACAAACACCAAGUCUAUAGAUACAAGCUCUGUGUAUCAUGCAAACAAGUCAAAAUUCCUCACCACAACAAAAAGGCAAGAAUUUGGUGGUGUAGUUCACAGGUCCUCACUUCGAAGUGAAUUCAAACGUUAGUGCUGCUUCAGUCACAUUUUUGCUCACAAGACUAAUUUAAAAUUUAUUCUUCAUGAUGCCAUACCCGAACCGAAAACCGUGGAUAUCAACUUUAAACUCUAAAGUGUACAGAAUUCCUUCACUAAUAAUUACAUGAAAACAGCAUACAGUCGAAUCUUGUUAGUACAAACUCUGUAAA